UUAUAUUCUCCCCGCCUUCUCCCCUCGACAGCGCACUGUCCAGUCUUUUCAGCUCUCAUCACAAAUUGUAGAGCGAUGGCUCCGAUUAGCGCGAAGGUUCCCGACCAUGAGGCCGGAUGCGGCGGCGGAGGAGGAGGAAAGAAGGGGCCGCAGUUCCGCGGCGUCCGCAAGCGGCCGUGGGGGCGUUACGCGGCGGAGAUCCGGGACCCGGCGAGGAAGUGCCGCGUCUGGCUCGGUACCUUCGCCACCGCAGAGGAGGCUGCCCAUGCCUACGACGCCGCCGCCCUCCGCUUCCGUGGCUCCAAGGCCAAGACCAACUUCCCCUGCUCCCCCGACUCCACGCCCAGCAGCAGCACCGUCGAGUCCUCCACCCCGCACAGCCGGCCGACCGCCGCCUUCGGCCCCCCGUCGCUGGAUCUGGAGCUUAGGUACCCGUCGUCGAAGUUCCCCUUCCUGCACCACCCAGUCGCCGCCGCCGGCGGUCAACCCCUCCCGACGCUGCUCUUGAAUUCGAUCGCCUCCUCGAAGAAGGCGCCGUUUAGGGGUUUCGUGAAGCCGGUUCGCGGCGAGGUGGAGAGCGACUCGGAUUCGUCGUCCGUAGUGGAUUGCCCUCGUAGAAUUAACUUAGAUUUGGAUCUUAACCUGCCGCCGCCGGCAGAGGGCGCCUGAUCUAAAAGCACUCUUGUAGAUAAAUAGCUAAACUCGCUUUUUCCACAAUUCCAUUUGUGUUGUUCUAUAGUUGUUCUAUAUAAUGAUUUGAUCUAUCGAUUUCUUUUUGGAAAACUAUAAACCAUGACAAUAUAUCAGAAAUCUUAGCUAAUUUUGAGAAA